GAUAGUGUACACACGGGACAGAUCACAGGACGUGUCUAAAUGUCGAAAGAACACGGAGACCAUGAUGGACUGAGAGUGAACUACUCAUUUGACACCGCCACCAGACAUGCAUCCGCAUGCACUGCCCAGGACGUCCUACUGUGUGACCUCUGUGAGGACGUACUGCUACAGAGUCAUUGUGAGCUUUGUCAUAUCAACCUAUGUUCUAACUGUGUAGGUAAACAAUUCUCAGAUUCCUUUAAAAGACACAAUGUCGUACGCUUUAAACACAGGAAGUCUACCCCUAACUACCCAAACUGUCCAGAUCAUGCCGAAAAACACUGUGAAAUUUUCUGUGAGACAUGUGACAUUCCUGUCUGUUCUACCUGCGUCACCUCAGGUAAACACAAAGAUCACGAUAUAUCAGAUGUUCUGGAGAAACUCAGCUUUAAAACAGAGUGUUUACGAAAAGAUUUGGAAGAACUAGAAACCAGAAUUCAGCCCCGAUAUGAAAAAAUUGCCUUCAAUGUCCAAACUAAGAAAGCCAAGUUAGAAAAGAAGUAUGGGAAACUGACAACAGCUGCCGGUCAACAAGGAGAAGUCUGGCACCGAGAAAUCACCGCCAUUGUCAACCAACGAAAAGCCGACAUCGAGGAGAUGAAAAACAAACAUCUAGCCAUCUUAGAUAGACAUGCAAAUGAAAUCACACACAGAAUUGACGAACUUAGACAGAUCAUUCAGGACCUGAGGAAAAUACUGGACUCCAAUGGCGUCUCCCUAACAUCUACGUACAAAUCUAGGAAUGUCGAGUUUAGAAGAUUACCUCCGAAAACACAAGCUACAUUGCCAUGUUUCUCUCCUCAGAAAAUAAACACAGAACAGCUGAACGAAAUGUUUGGUUCUCUAUCAUCAUUAUCCAUUAGCACAGAAGAAUAUGACUACACAAUGAAGUCAGCACAAGCUGUAUGGUCUCCUCCAGUCAAAACACUGCUUGAUGAACCGCGACUCGUCGCCACCAUAGACACUGGGUAUAUGCCACUCAGUGUUAGGUGUCUCAGUGAAGAACAAAUCUGGACAUGUGGAAAUAAGAAAACCAUAGAACUGCUCAACCUUCAGGGCAAACUACUGACAUCAAUACAAACCGAGUCAGGGAACGCGCCAUGGGACUUAGCAGUGACACGGGACGGAGAUCUUGUUUAUACUGAUCGUGAAACAAGAACUGUAAACCUAGUGAAGAAUAAACAGAUACAGACUGUGAUCACCCUACAGGGGUGGGCACCUGUUUUUGUCUGCAGUGCCUCCUCUGAUGAUCUCCUGGUUACCAUGGUCAGCGAUGAUAGAAAAGAAUCCAAAGUUAUGCGUUACUCUGGCUCCACAGAGACACAAUCCAUUCAGUUUGAUGAUCAGGGUCAUCCUCUCUAUUCAUCCGGUCGUUAUAAAUACAUCAGUGAGAACAGGAAUCUGGAUAUCUGUGUGGCUGACUGGGCAGCUAAAGCAGUAGUGGUGGUCAAUCAGUCAGGAAAACUCCGAUUUAGGUACACUGGUCAUCCCUCUAAUACCAAGGAAUCAUUUAAUCCAUUGGGCAUCACUACAGACAGUCAGAGUCACAUCCUGAUAGCAAACUUUAAAAAUGACAGCAUCCACAUCCUAGAUAAGGACGGACAGUUCCUCCGUUACAUCGAGAAGUGUGGUUUACGCGAUCCAUUUUGUUUAUGUGUGGACACCAGAGACAACCUCUUUGUGGCAGAGUCAUCUGCUAAAGUGAAGAAAAUCCGAUAUCUAUGAACACUAUGUUAUUUACACAUCUUCCUACUGUGUUAAAUACAUAUUCAAUUAGUGUUUAUAUAUUCAUAUACAAUAUGUACAGGUAUAAAGUUCUAUAUUACUACAUGUAUGUAUAAAUUGGAGAAAGAUUGACUCAACAAAUGACCAUUAUCACGAGACCAAGUUUGUGAUGUGCAACUACCACAUGUAUCGGCACAGCAAAUUAAGGAAUAAGUUUUAAAUCAGCACUAACGGUACCAAAUUACAAAUAAAAACCCAGUUAAUCACAUUCUAAUGCAAUGUAUAAAUUUUGCUUCAUGUU